AUGGAUACGGGUUCUAUCGCUCGUUUUGUCACGAGUAAAGAAGAUAUUGCAUAUGAGUAUGAGCUCCAGAAUGACGGGGACAACUUAGUGGUCUGGAAGCGUUACUUGGAACAUAAAAAGGCACAGGAGAACGAUAGCGCACUUGCAUGGAUCUACGAGCGCUGCUGCUAUCAGUUCCCAGGCUCCGCCGAAAUGUGGUUGGAGUACAUGACGUGGCGAAUUUCUCUUCUGUCAGGUGCAAAUUCCAUUUUAUACGCAGAAGAGUUCGAGAAGUGUAAUAAGCUUUUUGAGAAGGCGAUGUAUCUGUGCCACCAGAGCGUGGACCUUUGGGAGCUUUACCUGCGCCACGUUAUGGCACAGAGAAACCUACAGCUUAUUCGUGUCUUACUCAACAAAGCCCUGCGGCAUCUUCACCUGGAGCACCAUAUUCGUGUAUGGGGUAUGGUGGUUGAGUUCAUCGAAAAUGCUGUACUGGACCCCCGAGUAGCAUCAGAAGUUGAAGAAGAUAUCGAUGGGCUGGUGAGUGAAUCAUUUUUCAAAACCGACGACCAGAGUGGUGUUGCGGACGUGUGGAGCUCACACAUACUAUCCAGGUACCUACAAGUUGCAGAGGAUCUAGAGCACGCUCUUUAUUUGUUAGGCCUUACUCAGGAUCAUACAGAGAUUAUUAAAGCUUACCGGAGACAUAUUUUCGACGCGUCGUUUUCGCCAACCACCCACACAGCAUUUGAGUUCCACUGCACCUAUUUACAAAGCCUCGAGAAAUCGAGCUCCCACUCAGAGUAUAUCCAGGCUAUGUCACAGUGCAUGAAGUUGUUUCCCGAGCAAAAGUCACUUCUCAUAAUUAGGCUCGCCAAGUACUAUAUUGGAAAAGCAGACCUCCCUGCGGCAAGAAGCACGCUAUUGGAUGCGCUUGCCUCUACUGUUACAUCUAAGUCAUUUUCGGAGAUAUAUGAGUUCCUCGUAAAACUACUGGAGGCCUUCGCCGCGAGCAGUAUUCAGCAUGCGCAAAUAGCUGCCAGUUCUGAGGACCGCGAGCAGCUAGAGUCCGACUUAGCCUUUAAUAUGGACUUGCUGGAAUAUUUAAUAGAGUCGCAUUCAUUGUUACUGAACGACUUGAAACUAAGGCAGAAUGUCAAUGAUGUCGGAACAUGGCUAGAAAGAGCCGAAUUUUUCCGUUCCCCCGCAGAAAAGGCGAAAGUUUACACAGACGCGAUUACCAAGAUUGACCACUUAAAGACAACAACCCCGGGCUCUUUCGGCGAGCUUUGGUGCUGCCUUGCUCAGCUUUAUACCAUCUCUGGGAAACUCGAUUCUGCGCGGGAGACUUACGACCGCGGCCUACGAGUCCCGUAUAGGUCUUUGAAAGACUUGGAAAAUAUAUGGUGCGCAUGGGCUGAGAUGGAGCUUGAGUGUGGCCGAAUUCAAGCGUCCAUAAAACUAUUGAGAGAAGCACUCAAAGUACCAAAAAACGCGGAACUCGUGGUUGAUGCAUUCAAUACCGGCAAUGGUGCAAUGCCUGCCAAAGCCAUAACAUUUAUGUCACAGCGGCUCUGGACUCUUUUCAUAGACUUGUUAGAAUCUACUUCUGAAUCUUCUACAGGAGCCGAGGAAACUGUUCAAGCCUACGAGCAGCUGAUUGCUUUGAAGCUAGCAACACCACUGAAUUUCAUAAACUACUCUCACUUCCUCCAGGAACAGGGACAAUGGGACCAAAGCUUCAAAAUUUAUGAGCGCGCUAUAUCAAUUUUCCCCGGACAAACACGGUUUGAGAUUUGGUCUUUGUAUUUACAGCAGUCCUUGGAUAGAAAAAGGCCCACUGAAACUAUGCGAGAUCUUUUCGAGCAAGCUUUGAAGGUUGUCGAAGAAGACAUCGACUGCCCGUCACUAUUCAUAUUCUGCAGUGAUUUUGAGCACUCCUGCGGCCUUGAAAAGAGAUCUAUAGACAUUCUCCUUCGCGGUUGCAGGGAGUGCAAAAGCCUGUCCGCAAAGGUGACGCUAUGGGACGCCUGCAUAAGUUCUUCCAAAGAGCGUUUAGGAGCUGAGAGUUCAAGACCUCUUUAUGAAGAGUGUAUCAAAAUGCUUCCCAACUCUAAAGCAACAUCUUUCGCGCUUGAAUUCGCCAAAACUGAAGUCGUUUUAGGAGACUACGAGAGGGCACGCGCCGUCUUAAGGUUUGGCGCUAAUUUAAUACACCCUGACCGGAAUGUCCAGCUCUGGGAUUACUGGGGUGAAUUUGAACUCAAAUACGGCGAUAAAUCGACUUAUAAGGAAAUGUUGAAAUUGAAAAGGGAGCUUGCAAGUAGCAUGAAAGUGUCAACGGAAGCGGUCUCACAGAGGAAUGGUAAUAUUGCAUUUGUGUCCUCAAACACUCAACCCAAGAAUUCAGAAGCGCCUCCCACAACUGCUCAGAAAGCAGAAAAUCCCGAAGAGAUCAUCUUGGACAUCUAA